UUGAUCGUUUCCCUCUUUGAGAAUAUUUUCUGCAUGCGCGAUCAGUAUACUUCGUUCCAUAGAAAGUAAUUUUGCACUGUAAAAAAAAGCAGUCGUCAGUCUCUACUCUACAUUUGCUAUGGAUACUUCAAUUUCAGGAUAUCAAGAUUUCGAAUGGGCGGUGAAGCUGAAUCGUUUCACUUUAAAAGUAAUUGGACUUUGGCCUAAAUCUAAGUACAACAUUCAAGAGAAAUUAACAUAUAAUUCCCGCCCUUUAAUUACUCUAAUAAUUUUAAUCUGCAAUCUGAUUCCUUUAAUACAUUCAUUGAUAAGAGUUCAUUCGGAUAUCACUUUGGUGAUUGAUAACUUGCAAUUUACUCUACCGACUAUCACUUGCGCCGUUAGAAUUAUAAUAUUUUGGUGGAAAAAAAAAGAUAUUCUAUCAAUUUUAAACAUGAUCAUGGAGGAUUGGCUAAGACUGAAAAAUAAGUAUGAGCGAACCACAAUGAUUAGAAGAGCGCAAAACGCGCGUAUAAUUAUUACGUUCGCAUAUGGCGUAAUGACGAUAGGAUUUGUCUUUAUUGUCGUUUUGCCCAUUUGCGGAAUUUCGAUCAGACAUUUAACGAAUGUUACUGAUCCAGGCAAAUUGCUACCAUUACAAACAUAUUACCCUUAUGACGUGUCAAAGAGACCGCAGUAUGAAUUAAUAUUUUUUACUCAAUGUAUUGCUAUUUUCUUAUCCAUCGUAUCUUAUACUGGAGUUGAUAAUUUUCUCGGACUAUUGGUAUUCCAUAUUUGCGGCCAAUUAGAAAUUCUCAGAUAUCGUAUCAUGCACAUGAACAAUUGUAUCAAUUUUCAUGAUGUUUUAAAGAGCAGUGUAAUAAAUCAUAUUCGGCUACUUAGAGCCAUCGCUAUUAUAGAUGACACAUAUAAUAUAAUUCUCUUAGUACUAUUUUUAUAUUUUGCUAUAUUUUCUGCUUGUUAUGGAUUCCUGAUAAUAAACUUAAUAGAGAAGAAGAAUGAUGUAUCGAUUACUGAUUUAACAUAUAAAAUAUGUGUUUUUAUUAAUGUAUUUGGUCAUAUGUGUGUCUAUUGUGCGGUAGGAGAAAUUCUAGUAGCACAAUGCGAUCGAAUUUACAGUGCAAUAAAUAACUACAAAUGGUACAAUCUAGAUCCACAGAGUGCAAAAUGUUUAAUUUUCUUAUUAAUUAGAAGCAACAAAUCGAGUUAUCUAACUGCUGGAAAAGUGUUUCCUAUGACAAUGGCUACAUUUUGUAAUCUCAUAAAAACUUCAGCCAGCUACAUGUCCGUUCUUCUUACAACAAAAACGUAAUUUGGAAAUUUUGUUAUAAAUUUGAACUACUUUUAAUUUAAUACAAAUACAUUGACUUAACUGUGUAACAAAUAAAAUAUAAAUA